AUGGGAGGCCGACAGGGACCAUGGGAGGCCGACAGGGACCAUGGGAGGCCGACAGGGACCAGGGGAGACCGACAGGGACCAUGGGAGACCGACAGGGACCAGGGGAGGCCGACAGGGACCAGGGGAGGCCGACAGGGACCAUGGGAGACCGACAGGGACCAGGGGAGGCCGACAGGGACCAUGGGAGACCGACAGGGACCAGGGGAGGCCGACAGGGACCAGGGUAGGCCGACAGGGACCAUGGGAGGCCGACAGGGACCAUGGGAGACCGACAGGGACCAUGGGAGGCCGACAGGGACCAUGGGAGACCGACAGGGACCAGGGGAGGCCGACAGGGACCAGGGUAGGCCGACAGGGACCAGGGGAGGCCGACAGGGACCAUGGGAGACCGACAGGGACCAUGGGAGACCGACAAGGACCAGGGGAGGCCGACAGGGACCAGGGGAGGCCGACAGGGACCAUGGGAGACCGACAGGGACCAUGGGAGACCGACAGGGACCAGGGGAGGCCGACAGGGACCAUGGGAGACCGACAGGGACCAUGGGAGGCCGACAGGGACCAUGGGAGACCGACAGGGACCAUGGGACUGAGGACGGGAGCCGACAGGGACCAGGGGAGGCCGACAGGGACCAUGGGAGGCCGACAGGGACCAUGGGAGGCCGACAGGGACCAGGGAGGCCGACAGGGACCAUGGGAGGCCGACAGGGACCAUGGGAGGCCGACAGGGACCAGGGGAGGCCGACAGGGACCAUGGGAGGCCGACAGGGACCAGGGUAG